AUGCGGCUGCCUAGACAUAGGCGCACCCUCGAGAUGCGCCCGACGAUAUUUUCCGGCAACUGCAUCAGUCCCCCAUGUCCCUGUGAGACGCUUUGUCAAGCCAUUUUCUCAAUUGCUUUCUGGAUGCGGAAAACGGCCCUCUCUGGUCUGGGGAGGAAGUCGGAACUCGGAUCAGCCAAACGUCAACGAAGCUGGGAUCACUGUCAGCCCCCAGUGUUCCGGCAAAUACUCCGUCUACACCCAAAUAUCGGAGCGCAGGGUGCUCCUAGCGCAAAGGACUCAGAUGCUUUGAAUGUCUGUCAGGCUCUCCGGAGAAUUGGUACUGGUAUCCUACUUGGUGCUUUAGAGAUUGAUGUGAUUCACUUUGCGACGGGACAGGGUUGCGCCAAAUUUGGGGCCACUUGA